AUGGCACACCUGUUACCCGCUGCCUUCUUCGCGUUGCUGCUUGCCCUCGCCACGUGCACCAGCCCAGCUGCAGGCCAACAACACCAGCAGCACUCGCUGCUUCCGGAUCCGGCCCUGCGCUGGGACUUUGACGAUGACGCCCAAGGCACCAUCGCCCCAGGCAACACCGCCUACGCCUUCUCCACAGGCGACCUGGCGCUGCACGGCAUGCUCGCUGGCGGCGCAACACGCACCCCGGCCAGCUGGCAGGCCUCCGACACGACGCAGGAGAGGCCAGGAGCCGUGCUCACCAUCAACAACACUGCGGGCAGUGCCGGCGUGUACGUGCCCGUCCCCGAAAGCGCUACACCGGCGUUCCUCGACACCACAGACUCGCGGUUUUGUUGGGUCAGGAUGCUCACUGGCGAUGACGAUGGCAUGCAACAACAACAGCAGCAGCCGCUGCUCGUGCUGGCCAAUGUCGAGAGCCAGGAGAGCGCUGCACUCGUGGCACUGGACGGCGUCCUCGCGUACGUCCACACAGACGGCUUUGGUGCCCAGUCCACCAUUGUCGCCGACACGGCCCACGCAGACCUUCGCAAUGGCCUGUGGCACCACGUCGGCGUCACCCGCACCAGCACAGGCGCCAUCACCCUGUUUGUCGACGGAUCCCCUGUUGGAAGCGACACGCUGGACGCCACGGCCGCUGCCAGCCCCGUCGCGGUGCAGGCCAUCUCGCUUGCCUACGAGGUCAACGCCAUCGCCGCGACCAGCACAUCCACCGCAACGCAGUUGGAUGACGUGCGCGUGUACAACACCACCCUCACCGCGGCCCAGGUCGACGCCCUGUACACGGGUACCAGCUUUGUUCCCGCCAACUCGGGCGACCCGGCUGCUGCUGCGGCGGCGCUUGUUGCUGCGUUUCCCGCGCCGCCACCAACCACCGCCAAUGGCCGCGUCAUUGGCGCGUGGACCUUCAACGAAGACCCCUCCACCACCAACACGGCCUACGACGGCAGCCUGUACGGCCACCACCUCCUCCUGCCGCCCACAGCGCAGCUUGCCGCCACCAGCCCCAGCGUGUCGGCAAGCAACCCGGGCUCCCUGCGGCUGUUUGGUACUGCCGGCGUUCGCACGUGGUCGUCCCCGUUUCUGCCGUACGUCAACCUCACCCGCCCGGAGACACGCCGCCUCUGGUUUCGCCCCGCAAACAUCGAGAGCCUGCAGGCACUCGUCUCCUACGUGGGCAGCAACGGCGACCACUCCACGCUGUACAUCUACUCGCAGCGCUUCUACUACUUUGCGCGGGUGAACGGCGUGGAGGACCGCGUCAUCACCAGCCGCGUGCUCACCGCAGCCAACACGUGGUACUACGUCGUGCUCUCCCGCGACGUGGACGACAGCGGCGCGUGGGAGCUCUCCAUCACCCUCAACGCGGUGGAGGUGGCCCGCCAGCCGCUGUCUGCCGUGCCAACCUCGCUCGACUCCAUCCACAUUGGCGCCAUCAACAACGACCAGGUCUUCCAGGGCCACAUUGACGAUAUCACGCUGCUCGCAUCCUACGUCAACCCGGGCCAGCCGGGCGCCACCACAUCAACGGCAACAGCAGCACCCACAACAACAACCACCACCACAACCGCAGCCCUGGAUGGCUCCGGCUCGGGCUCAUUCACGCCCCUGACCACGGCGUCGCCAACCUCAGCAGACCCAACAACCACCGCCACAGCAGCCACGACAACGCCAACAGCCACGACGACGACAACAACAACGACAGCACCGGCGACACCGCAGUCGUCCACCGCUGAUGUGUCUCGCCCGUCCAUUCGCUUUGACUUUGAGGGCGAGGACGAACAGCAGCAACAGCUUGCAGGCGACAGCAGCGCAUCUGGGGCAACGGUGUUUUCGUGGGGCACGGGCACGCGUGCGCUGCACGGUGUUCGCUCGACCACGGCCACCUCGCUCAACGCCACCGUCAGCGUCGCUGGUGAUGUCAGCCUCUCCCUCACGGGCGCAUCCGGUAUGCGUGUGCCGCUCACAGGCUCACACGACGCCACCACCAGCAGCGCGAAUGCGUGGCCCACACCGUAUGAGACGCGCUCGCUGUGGGUGCUGCUGCCGCCAGCGGACACGGGCGCUAACCCGUUUAUCCACUCGCUUGUUGACUUCUCCCACAGCAGCACGUUUGACCGCAGCGGGCUUCGCAUCUACGAGGGGCGUGUCGAGUUCUCCGAGCGCGAGCAGAGCACCGGUGUCCAGACCACCGUCACCGCGCCGCCCACGACAGACCUGCGCACCAACACAUGGCGCUUUGUUGCCAUGACCCGCAACGCCUCUGCGAUUGCGCUGUACGUUGACGGCGAGCUCGUCGCUGCUGGCACCACUGCCGCCGCUGUCGGUGGUGGUGGCAGUGGUGAUGUGGUACCCGUGCCCACGGACACGCUGAGCAUCGGCUACCUGGCACACGGGUCGGCCCCGCUCGCGCUCACGGGCGCUGUGGAUGACGUGCGUGUGUACCGCGGCGUGCUCAAUGCAACAGACAUUCAGCUGUUGCACCAGCAGGGGCUGGCGCGCACGCUGGCGUCUGCGGCGUUUUCGGUGCCCACUGCACCCUCGCCCUACCCUGCGCUCGCCGCGGUGCUGGCGGCCGGGUGGGCGUUUGAGGAAGGCAGCGGCAACGUCGCGUUUGACGCCAGCGGCAGCGGGUACCACGCCCUCCUCGCUGCAGCCAACGCGUGGACGUCCAGCGACCUGGUCACGCGUGCCACCGUGAGCACGACCGCUGUUGCUGCUGCUGCGGCAGACGCGGCAGACGCGGCGCUCAUCACUGUUGUGCGCGGGGCCGAGGACAUUAUGGGCGCGGGCGUGGCCAACUACACGCUCGCUGCGUCCUUCCGCACCACGCAGGCGAGCGGUGUUCUGAUGCUGGUUGGCGGCGUUGGUGGCGACUUUGAUCGCGUCUCGCUCGUCAUCAUCGAUGGCGUGCUCGUCCUCUCCCUCACAAAUGCACAGAGCAGCGCCUAUCUCGGCCAGCACCCGGACGACACCCCAGUCACCGAUGGCGCGUGGCACACGGCUGUGGCCUCCUUUGCCCGCGCUGCCAGCGGGGCGUAUGUGGUUGACCUGUACCUUGAUGGCGAGCUGCUUGCGUGGCCGUCGUCCCCAACUGUGCUCUCGUUUCGCCCUGUCGUUGAGGAGCUGUUUAUUGGCGGCCGCCCCGACGGCAGCGGCGGCGUGCACCACGACAACAACAACAAACACAACUACAUCCACAACAACAACCACUACAACAAGCACAAGUACAACCACCACUUCCACUACCACGACGACGACGGCGACAACAUCAACGACGACGACGACAAGAACCACCACCACCACGACAGCUGCCCCCACGACGACAAGCACAUCCACGCUUGCAUCCGGGAGUGGUGA